CUCAAGUAAGAAACUUCAACACAGGUGUUUUAGCAAAAAUGAGGUUGAAGAGAGUGAGAGAGUUAACCAGCAAGCUCCUUGGAAACAUUCGCGAUAAAGAUGCAGGAUUGCUUAGAGCACAUGAGGAGGAUUGCAAGCAUGAUGAAGACAUGCAAUCCUUUGACACCAACCUCAAAGCACGUACGACAGAAGUGAUCAGCAGCCUUGCGAGUAGCGGAGCUAUUUCAACAGAAUACUUGAAAGAUGUCGUAAAUUAUGUGAGGGUGUGGAACCAGACGACUGUAGACUCUAUCUUGCAAUUGGAAAAGGAUAUCAGAGCCGAGGGCAAGAAAGGGGUGAAGGGCAAGCAGAGUAAGGAAAGAAAGAAAAACAGCAGAUUUCAGACUGUCGUGGACAAGUACGAAGAGAGUAGCCGGGAGAUGCUGGAUUUAUUAUCGGAAUUGGACAAGUUUGUAAAGUCAGCUUGCAACAGCCAUUCGUCUAUUGAAACUGUUGUUCAAGAAUAUUUUGAUAAACAGGAAAACCCGAACGACAGUGGUACUAGUUUAACUACUCAUGACCACUACAAGAGGAUAUCUGAGAAACUGAAGAAUAUCAAGGCCGCUGCCCAUAACAGUUUGGCUGAAAGCUUGCUCCAGAAGGUUCAAGCUUUGAUCACGAUGCAUCAACAAUUGCUUGAGAAUUUGACAGUCCAGAAAGAGAAGCUUGGCAAGAAGCAGCAGACUGCUCGUGCUUGGAGGAAGGCCACGAAUAUGUUAUUCAUCAGUUCUGUGGCUGCGAUGUUACUUUGGUCUGUGGCAGCAGCAGUUUUAGCUUCUCCAACGACUGUAGCAUUAGCAGCAGCUUUUGCUGCUAGUACUGGGGCGUUAAUGGAAGGACAACAUUGGAUUGUCUCUUGUUUAAAAGAAUGGGAAAAUGAUUUAAAGAAAGAGGAGAACCAAGUUGAAGAAAUGCAUGACAACACUAGGCUUGCCUUUACAGAGUUGAGCAAUAUUAAUAAGGCUGUAAAUGAGAUUGAUGUACUCUUGGGCCAACCAGACUUUGCAAUUGCUGAGGAACAAAUAAAUGUCACAAUGAAGGAUAUUCAGAAGAAGUUAGAGCCAUUUAUGAACAAAAUUGAGGGUUUGAAAGGCGAAGUCGACAAGUGUAGAAUCGAACUAAUGAACACAAGGGAUGCUGUUGUAAGUGCUGGAUCAGCUUUGAUGAGCAUAUAAGAGCCCGUCUGGUAACAAUUUCAUAUAGAAAUUCUACUACUAGCUACAAGAACAGUAAGCAAAUCUAUGUGGGUGAUGCAGAUCUUCCCUCCCUUUUUUUUUUCAAGGAUGUAAUUAAGGAAAAUAGCUCUAAAUCCUUCAUACUUCAAUUUUUUAGAUUGGGGCAUUCCAGGGUUCACUCCUCAAGAAUUAGAACGGAGCUCUGUGUUUUCUGAAAAUGCGAAAAACACAUAUAAAGUCGUUUUCAA